UGAGGGGGGGACGUGAGGGGACAGCCAGUCCUCAGUGAGGGGGCCGUGCCUCCUUCCCCAGCCAUUCCUGUUGUAGUCACGGUGACUGUUCGGAACAACGUGCCGGCGAUAACCCGGUGGUGUGAUUGCUGACCAGAUUCAUCAGGAAAAUCUGGGGACCCAGGUUCAAGUCCCACCCUGACAGAAGGUGGGAUUAAUUCCCAGAAAGUCUGGGAUGAAGGGGUGAAUUGCCAUGAAACCCUCAUUGAUUGUCGUUAAAAACCAUCAGAAGGAAAAGGCCUCCGUCUGACUCCAGACCCACAGCGAUGUGGUUACACCAUUCCAGGUACAGGCCAUUCAGCCCUCCAUGUGGUGCUGACCUGUGGAACCAAUCUGCAGUCCAUUAAACCGAGACUAUCCCAUUCUUGUCCAUGUGUCUAUCCAAUCACCAUUUCAAUGGCGUUAAAGUUGGGGAGUUUACUCCAGUUACAGUCAGUCAGUGUGUGUGUUCCACAGUUUACUCCUGUUACAGACUGGCAGUGUGUGUGUCACAGUUUACUCCUGUUACAGGCUGUCAGUCAGUGUGUGUGUCACAGUUUACUCCUGUUACAGGCUGUCAGUGUGUGUGUGUCACAGUUUACUCCUGUUACAGGCAGUCAGUGUGUGUGUGUCACAGUUUACUCCUGUUACAGACUGGCAGUGUGUGUGUGUCACAGUUUACUCCUGUUACAGACUGGCAGUGUGUGUGUCACAGUUUACUCCUGUUACAGGCUGUCAGUGUGUGUGUGUCACAGUUUACUCCUGUUACAGACUGGCAGUGUGUGUGCCACAGGUUACUCCUGUUACAGGCUGUCAGUCAGUGUGUGUGCCACAGGUUACUCCUGUUACAGGCAGUCAGUCAGUGUGUGUGUGCCACAGGUUACUCCUGUUACAGGCAGUCAGUCAGUGUGUGUGUGUCACAGUUUACUCCUGUUACAGGCUGUCAGUCAGUGUGUGUGUCACAGUUUACUCCCGUUACAGGCUGGCAGUGUGUGUGUGUCACAGUUUACUCCUGUUACAGACUGGCAGUGUGUGUGUCACAGUUUACUCCUGUUACAGGCUGUCAGUGUGUGUGUGUCACAGUUUACUCCUGUUACAGACUGGCAGUGUGUGUGCCACAGGUUACUCCUGUUACAGGCUGUCAGUCAGUGUGUGUGUCACAGUUUACUCCUGUUACAGGCUGUCAGUCAGUGUGUGUGUCACAGGUUACUCCUGUUACAGGCUGUCAGUCAGUGUGUGUGUCACAGUUUACUCCCGUUACAGGCUGUCAGUCAGUGUGUGUGUCACAGUUUACUCCCGUUACAGGCUGUCAGUCAGUGUGUGUGUCACAGUUUACUCCUGUUACAGGCUGUCAGUCAGUGUGUGUGUCACAGGUUACUCCUGUUACAGGCUGUCAGUCAGUGUGUGUGUCACAGUUUACUCCCGUUACAGGCUGUCAGUCAGUGUGUGUGUCACAGUUUACUCCUGUUACAGGCUGUCAGUCAGUGUGUGUGUGUCACAGUUUAAUCCUGUUACAGGCUGUCAGUCAGUGUGUGUGUCACAGUUUACUCCUGUUACAGACUGGCAGUGUGUGUGUGUCACAGUUUACUCCUGUUACAGACUGGCAGUGUGUGUGUCACAGUUUACUCCUGUUACAGGCUGUCAGUCAGUGUGUGUGUCACAGUUUACUCCUGUUACAGGCAGUCAAUGUGUGUGUCACAGUUUACUCCUGUUACAGGCAGUCAGUGUGUGUGUGUCACAGUUUACUCCUGUUACAGGCAGUCAGUGUGUGUGUGUCACAGUUUACUCCUGUUACAGGCGGUGUAUGUGCCACAUCCCUCCUUCCUGAACAAUCUGCGAUGGCCAAUAACCGUUGCCGAUCCAGUGACAUCCUCCUCCUGUCAGUGAAUAAAACAAAUGCAAAAGAAAA